AUGUUACUGAUCUGCAACUUCUCCCAUGAAGAACAGGAACACGCUGAAAAACCGAUGGAAUUCCAGAAUAAACAUGGAGGCCGAGUCCUCCUGCAGGAUGUCAAGAAGCCAGAGCAGGAUGAGUGGGGCAAUGGUCUGGAGGCAAUGCAGAGAGCUCUGCAGAUGGAGAAGGAUGUGAACCAGAGUCUGCUGGAUCUGCACAAACUCUCCUCUGGCCACAUGGACCCUCAUCUGUGUGACUUCCUGGAGAGGCACUACUUGGAUGAGCAAGUGAAGAUGAUCAAGAAGCUGGGAGAUCACAUCACCAACCUGAAGAGACUGGGAGCCCCUGAGAAUGGCCUGGGAGAGUACCUGUUUGACAGAUUCAUCCUGGGGGGGAGAGUGACUGAACUGACUGCAGGGAGCAAGCUGUGUAACUUCUGGUAUUAA